AUGACGGUGGAAAAUCUGCGAAGGAAGGCUGCAGAAGCAGAGAAAGGCAAGGACGACAAUGACGCUGACGUCGACGACGACGACACGAGCGGCAUAGCUGGCACACUCCGACGCUGGAACAUCAACCCCAACCUGGUGAUGCUCAAGAUCACGCUGUUCGUCAUGUACGGAGCGACGGCGGCGCUGUUGCCAUACCUGACGAUCCACAUGCAGAGCAUCGGGCUAACAGUGGAGGAGAUCGCCUUCGUCUACCUAGCGCUGCCUUUCACCACAUUCCUCAGCCCGCCCGUCACCGGGUACCUGGUGGACAAGUUCGGCAGGUACAAGCCGGUGGUGAUCAUCGCUCUGGUGCUCAACGCCGCCUUCCACCACUCGCUGAUGCUCAUCCCGCACAUGGAGACGCCGGGGGACACGCCCUCCGCCUACGUCAUGAGGCACCCGGAUACGGGGAAGGUGGAGGUGUGGUGGAGCCCCUGCCCGAGCCGCGAGUGCCCCGAGGAGGAGGAGCUGGACAUGAUCCUGGCGUCGUGCACGGACCACUGCCUGCUCAAGGAGGCGCAGCCGGACCUGGCGACGGCGGCGCCGCCCCCGCAGCUGCGCCGCCCCCCGCAGAUGCGGCCCAACCCGCCACCCCCCGCGUCGCCCCAGCUGUCGGUGCCCAAGGGCUGCCCCACGCUUGACGAGCUGAUGGCGGCCGCCGGCAUGGCCGUCACGCCCAAGCCGCUGCACUUCCUCAUGGGCUGGGACAAGCGCAAGAACCGGCGGAAAAAUAAAAAGGCCCCAUCAUUUGCCACUGGACUUGAAGAGCCUGACAAACCUGCCAACAGCACUGCAUUCAUUCUUCUUGGAAUGCAUCCUGACCUGGGUAAACCAAUGGAGCAGCUUGGCUUGCAGUUGGAGCCGUAUGACGAUGAAUCAACUACACAAUUUCUACAGAACUUUGGGGAAAAGGUGUUUCAUGAUGCAAAAGUUAACCUGACUGCUCUGUUGCAAGAAGAUUUACGCUGUGGUGGACUGGUGCUUGCAACAAACCUCACCUUGAACACCCUUAUUGAAUUAACUGCUGACUGCAUGUUACAGAAAUGUAGUUUUCGGGAAGGUGGACCAGAGGUGUGCCCACCAGACUAUAAGGAAAGUGAUGACCGAAUCUUUUGGAUAUACUUCUUUCUGCGCUUUUUAGGGACUACAGCACUAACUGCAGGGGUCACUAUGCUUGAUCCUAUUGCACUUACAAUGAUUCGAAAAUAUGGUGGACAUUUUGGUAGAGAGCGGUUGUUUUCUACUCUUGGAAUGGCCUUUUUUGCGCCUCUUGUUGGUCUCUUCAUAGAUCAGAACAGCCAGUACCUGAGUUACACAGACUACUCUGCUGCAUUCUAUACGUAUGAUAUACUACUUGCCAUAUCUGCAGUGGCCAUUGCUCUGUUGCCACUUGGGGUGCAGCUGCCGGCAGACAACAUCAUGCGGGAUUUAAUGCACAUUGUGCGGUUACCCCAUGUUAUAAUAUUCAUAUUUUUCCUUUUUUUCCUUGGGAACUUUUGGGGUUUCAUUGAGUCAUUUCUUUUCCUCUACCUCAAGGAACUUGGUGCAUCAAAUUAUCUUCUCGGUUUCACAGUAUCCAUUGGAACCAUAAGCAGUGUGCCAUUUCUUUAUGGAGCAGGUGAUAUCAUUAAGAAACUGGGCAAUGUGAACAUUAUUAUUCUUGCAUUUUUCUCCCAUGCAGCAAGGCUUAUGGGCUAUUCAAUGAUUGAGAGUCCAUGGUGGGCUUUUCCUUUUGAAAUAAUUGAAGCAACAGCAGUGCAUCUUAUGUGGACAGCAGCUGCAACAUACUGCACAAUUCUGGCUCCCAGGUGGUUGCUAGCAACACUUAUAGGUGUUCUUGGAAUGUCACAUUUCAGUUUAGGACGUGGCAGUGGAAGUUUCUUUGGGGGCAUAUUAAUUGGUAAAAUUGGAACUCGUGAGUCCUUUAGAGCCAUGGGAAUCAUAGCUAUAGCAGGAGGAGUUGCUUACUGGUUACUACAUCGAUACUGGUUACGAGAAGUUGAAAUACGUAACAGACAGAGGGCAGUUGAAGUGGAAGAGGCUGAUGAAGCUGCUGCAGCUACACUACAAGACAAAGAAGGCAACACAGCAGACCGUGACCCUCAGAAGGAGGUGUCUAUUAGCAUGGAACGACUCAGCCUGGUUAUAGAGCUUAACCACAGGGGCAGCCUUACUUCACUUGAUCUUGGCUCACAGCUCCCUGGCUAUCGCAGUCGACGUGGCUCUUGUGCCAACACAAAGGCAGAAGCAAUGAACCAGCUCCAAGCAUCACCAGCAGCAGUAAGACCUCUUUACCGCAAGAACUCUCUUGGGGCUCCAGUAACAUCAAAGCUUUUGGCCAGGAAAAACCCACCCAGUGCAACGGUUGCUGCCCUUCUUGUUGAUGGAUUAUGCACAAGAAGGUACUCAAUCCCAGAAGAAGAUGAAGUUGAUGAUCUGUCUUCACGUACUAUUGCAGUUCCACAGUCAAGAACAAUACGGGAUGAAAAUAACUCAAUUCUGAAGGAAGUGCUUGUGAAGAAAGCUUUGAAGGCUACAGAGAACAACAUUUAAUUGAACAGCUAGCACCUCAAGCUAUUAUGCAGAAUUUUUACCAGAAAUACUGCUUAGAAAAUAUGUAUAGCUUUAUUAAUUUGAGAGUAUUGUUAGUGGACAGUGAUAUACAAAAUGUUCAUAUCAAAAAGGUGCUUUCAUAGGAUUUUUAACAUCAGCAGUCCACUAUAAAUAGCUACUCACAGAGUAGCAUGAGAAAAUAUUUAAAUGUGGAGACUUUGCUAUAACACAUUCCACAUAUGUAGGAGGCACUUAUAGACAGCAAAGAAGAAGUGUUCCCAUCUGAACUUUUUGGCAACCCAAAAUGUUGAUGAACUCUCUGCAAAGCUUGGAGAUCUAUAAUUCCUCCCAGGUCAAUGCUUUAUACACUCUUAUUGGUCUGAUAUAAAUGAGUUUAAUGUACUUUGUACAUUCCACUUAUGCAUAAAGGAAGCUAAAUCAGUAGGAGAAGACUUCUUGUUCAUUACUUAAGUGGAAGAUUUCAUACCAAAUUAGGUUACAAAACCAUAUUCAAGUUACAAAAACUGGCAAGAAAU